UGCGAGUCUUCCCUCAGAAGCAAUCCCUGACCAUGUCUACCAUCAACCAAGCCUUCCAGUCCCUCAAGGCGACACGCCCCAUCGACGACGUAUGGGUGCGCUCUGACGAGUACCACAACUCAUUCCUCAUUCAACGCGACGAGGCCCUCGAGUACGCUCGCAAGAACAGCGCCGACCACGGUCUCCCCGAGAUCGCUGUCAGCGCCGCUCAAGGCAAGCUUCUCCAUCUGUACGCGAAGACCAUCGGCGCGAAGAAGGUCCUCGAGGUCGGCACCUUGGGAGGGUACUCCGCUAUAUGGCUUGCACGGGCACUACCAGAAGGUGGUGAGCUGACGACGCUCGAGAUCGACGAGAAGCACGCCAAGGUCGCCCAAGAGAACCUCGACCACGCUGGGCUCACGUCAAAGGUCAAGAUCGUGCUCGGGCCUGCCAUCGACACUCUCAAAAAGAUCCCGACGGAGUCUCAGUACGACCUCGCGUUUAUCGACGCCGACAAGGAGAGCAACCUCGACUACGUCCUUGAGGCCGAACGUCUCGUCAGGAAGGGUGGUAUCAUCAUCGUGGACAACGUCGUCCGCCAGGGCCGUGUGGCCGAUCCGUCCAACACCGAAGACGCCACACUGGGUGUGCGCAAGCUGCUCGAACACCUCAAGAACGACAAGAACGUCGACGCGACCUCCAUCGGCACGGUCGGCGAGAAGGGCUGGGAUGGCUUCAUCUAUGCCGUCCGGCUCUAAUCAUUCCCACCCAAUUGUGUUAAUAAGCGGAUGGAUGUACUUGUGAAUAUACAGCCGCGGAUGUACCAAUAGACAAAUGCAGGGAGACGUGACGUGAAAUGCCGUAGUUCACCGUCCUGACGUCCUCGAGAAUCUGAAAACCCCUCCUGCU